CCCAAAAAAACAGAAACCAGAAGGCAGAAGGCCGAACGCAGGGAGAGUGAAAAAGAUGGCGGGAACCAUUUGGCCAGAAACCCUAGAAUGCACCUCUUUCCCCACCAUUCCCAUCAGAUACUACUGGGAGAUACAAUACUCUCGCUUCUUCAACUACCCUUGUAUCUCCUCCACUUCUCCUAUUCUCAGGCCUCUUCCCAUAACCAAGAGGAUUCGCACCCAUGGCACCUGGGUUUCUUCCCCCACCGCUUCUCUUCAUCUUCUCUCCCACCAUUCCAGUGCUGAACUGGUCCUCGUCGUUUCGCUUCAAGAAAAGAUCCAUGAAGAACACUUCAUUUCCAAGCUGCAUUUCUCCUGGCCACAGGUCUCAUGUGUCAAUGAAUGUCCUGUCAGAGGUAGCAGAGUUAUAUUUGCCAGCUAUAGUGAUUGUGUAGGCCAGAUCCAAAAGUUUGCAAUGCGAUUUUCUGCAGCAAGUGAAUCACAAUCAUUUAUGGAUUCUGUGAAGGCAACCAUGAAACCUGAAAGGAAUAGCAGUGAAUUGGGAAAGUCAUCUCAAUUUGAAUUCAUCUGUUCAAAUGGAGUUCAGUACAGAGAUGCUGAGGACAAUAAACCUCCCUUGAGCUGUGAGGGCAUGCAAUAUGCAUACUCGAAGGAUCAUGACUUAGAAGGCAAUUGUGCGACCUUGCCUCCUAGCUUCACAUCACUCCUUGCUGGCGCUUGCAUUGCUCCUAAAAAAGAAACACCAGAGGAAGUUCUUCCUGAUGCCCAGCACGUGAGAUAUAUGACGGGUUCUUCCUUCAAUGAUAUGUUGACUAGACUAGAGAUGGUCAUCAGUGAAAUGGGGGGAGACUUGGCACUAUAACUGAUGGUGACUUUGUUUGGACAGCUAACUUCCUACCAUUUUGUCUCCAUCCUUGAAGUGGCGGUUCGAGUCAGAUUCAUUUUGAAGCCAUUUCCUUGUUUAAAUUUUGUUGUAUUUGAAUCUCUUGCUGCACUACUGUGGUACUAGUAUAUUUUGGUUUGUAAAGUUCAUCCUUUUACCCUGUUUGAACAGUUGAAACUGGUAUGCUUUGAUUGUAGAAUUGACCUCUGAUUCAUUGCAUCCCAUGUUACAUGUCU